CAGUAUCUGAGCUGAUUCAAUCGUACAAUCCUUUUCUUUAAUUGUGAAAAACAAACAGUAGAGGCUCUUGGGUAGUUCUUCAGUUCGGUAGUUGCUAGUUACAAGUUGGAUGUGUGUCGCGCGGUAAUCAGUUUUUUCAUACGAUGAAGAGCCAACGUGUAAUCCUCGGGCUUACGGCCCUUGCAAGCGGAGUGUUGGCAAGCCCAAAGUUCAUGGACGCUGCAGGUUUGGCGGCAGCAGGCACCCGGGCUUGUCAACGACUUGCUGCAAAAUACCCCGAGGAUAUUUUCUGGCCGCAGUCAGAUACAUUCCAGACAGAGUCUACUGCUAUUUACUCGAAUACCUGCAUCUUGUCACCAUCAUGUGUGUUCGAGCCGUCUUCCGCGGAGGAUAUAGGAUCUGCCGUCAAGAUCAUCAAGGCCGCACGCUCUCGCUUCGCCGUACGUGCUGGCGGCCAUAUGCCUGUGCCAGGCGCGCAGUCGGUAGAAUCGGGAGUUAUGAUAGCUCUUAAUAAGCUUAACACAAAGCGGCUCAACAAAGAUAAGGCGAUUGCUAGUAUUGGACCAGGACAAGUAUGGGCAGACGUCUAUACCUGGCUCGCACCAAAAGGUCUAGCCGUGAAUGGUGGUCGCUACGGGACAGUCGGGGUCGGUGGGCUUCUGGUCGGUGGUGGCAUAAGUUACUUCAGUAGCACCAGAGGCUGGGGCUGCGAUACUAUCGUUGCUUAUGAAGUUGUCCUGGCAGAUGGUUGUGUUGUAGAAGCCAAGGCACAUGGGAAAUAUGCCGAUCUCUUCUGGGCACUACAUGGUGGUCACAACAACUUUGGAAUCGUGACUCGCUUUGAUAUGAAGACAUUCCCCGUCACAUCAGCAUUUAUUGGUGGCGGCCUCUGGGACGGCAGCAACACAUCCACUCAGACACAGUUUUUCUCAGCCUUCGAAUCAUAUAUGGCACCGGGAGGCGGAGUAGAUGAUCCCAACGUUGCGAUAAGUGCCAUCAUUGGCCUAACGCCGAGUACCGGGGCCAAACAGUUGACAAGUAUUCAAUUUGCCCCUGGAAAAGACUCAAGUCCCCGUGCAUUUGAGAACUUUACAGCCAUUGACGCGCCCUUCAUACAAGCAAUUGGAGGAACCGUAAUGCCAUCCUGGACAGCAUUGCCAAUUUUACUAGCACAGUUAGGGGUGCGUGGAUCUCGCGAAGUAUACUCAUCCGUCAGCUUCUUUCCCGACCCCCGCGCCAUCAGAAUCGCCAACGAGACGGUCACUGAAUUAGCAGUUCCUGUGCUAUCGCAGAUUCCUGAUAGCGAAAUUGCCUUCACAUACCAGCCUGUAUCUAAAGACUGGCUAGAGGCAUCCAAGGCCAGUGGACAUAACAUGCUGGAUCUCGAUCCUAGGUUGGGCACAUUCAUCGCUGGGCUCAUCACCAUCACUUGGACUGAUGCAGCCCAUGACGCGGCCGUAAACAAGCUUACGCAAAGAAUUGUGCGCACUAUUGAAAACAGAACAAGGGCUCUCGGAUUAUACUACCCUUUCAUAUAUCUAAACGAUGCAGGACCGACACAGCGACCGUUUGACACCUACGGUGGAGGUGGAAGUUUGCCUAAGCUGCGGGCAAUCAGGGCGAAGUACGACCCGGAAAGGUUUCUCGAAAACUUUUUGGGUCACGGAUUCCCGCUACAAUAAUUGAGUUCCAGGUAUUAAUACUGCAUGGUUGUGAUAAGAAAAUCACGGUGGCGGAUCGGUGGCGGUAAUUACUUUAAUGUACAAGCGUAUGAGUGUUAGAGGAGUAGGAGUUGGAAUGGGAAUAUAUAAUUUUAAUUAAUCCAAAC